UGAUACCAACUGCUCUAUAAAUAGUUCCAACUGGGCCUGCACACUGUGUUAAAGCACAAGGUUUGACUGAGGGAGCCACGUUUGUUGCUGAGAGAGUUUCUGCUUUAGUUUUCAGUAGAAAUUAAAAUGAACAGGCCCAAAAUAGUUCGACCCGAGGAAUGUCAACCGGCACAUGCUGUCUGGUUUGACAGGAAAAAAUAUGUCACAGUCAACUUCAAGGUUCAGAGACCUAAAGACGUGAAGGUGGACAUUCAGCCAGAUAAACUGAUUUUAUGCUGCAAAAAUGACACAGAUGACGUCUUCUACAAUGAGCUGCACUUUUAUGACAAAGUCCAAAUCUAUGUAAGUGUUUUGCUNNNNAAGGCAACGCCUGACUGUCAAUGGCCACGUCUGCAGAAGGAUCCUGCUAAGCCAAGUUGGAUUACUGUAGACUUUGACAACUGGAGGGACUGGGAACACGAAGAAGAUGAUGGAAAAGAAGAGUACGACAGAUACAUGGAUAUGAUCCAGGAAAUGGCCUCAGGUAACAAAGGAGACACUCCAGACAUGGGUGACCUCAGUGAUUUUACGACCACUGUGGUGUCCUGCUGCCCCGCGGAGUUAAAGCGAGAAGUCGCAGGAAAGAAAGAAACUCUUAAAGGCUUCAAUGUGAAACUGAAAGACACCAUUCUGUUUCCAGAAGGAGGGGGUCAGCCUGAUGAUCACGGGUCGAUCGGAGACGUCUCUGUCCUCAGGGUGACCAGGCAGGGAGCAGAAGCCGUGCACUUCACAUCCUCACCUGUGGAGGUGGGUCAGGAGGUGCAGGUGAAGGUGGACUGGGAGAGGAGGUUUGACCACAUGCAGCAACACUCAGGACAACAUCUGAUCACAGCAUUGGCAGAAUCCAUGUUUGGAUACAAGACCACGUCAUGGGAGCUGGGGCGUCAGAGGAGUAACAUCGAGCUGGACACUCCCUGUAUGAAGCCAGCUGAGGUGCAGGCUCUGGAGGAAGCUGUGAACGACAAGAUCAGAGCUCAUGUUCCUGUUAAUGUCCAACUUCUCAACGUGGAAGAUCUUACUGUAGAAGAGGUGAGGAGUCGGGGUUUACCAGGGGACCACGCAGGACCCAUUCGGAUCAUCAACAUCGAGGGCAUCGACGUCAACACCUGCUGUGGGACUCAUGUUUCUAACCUCAGUCAUUUACAGGUAAUAAAGUUUUUGGGAACUGAGAAAGGAAAGAAAAACAAAACCAACCUGAUCUUCCUGACAGGGAACAGGGUUCUGAAGUACGCAGAGAAGAGCUUCACCACGGAGCGGUCACUGGUGUCUCUGCUGAAAACUGGACCUGAUGAGCAUGUGGAGGCCGUUGACAAGCUGCAGAAAUCCGUGAAGCUGCUCCAGAAAACUAACCUCACUCUGCUCAGGGACCUGGCGGUGCUCAUCGCUCAGAACUUUAAAAAUGACCCAGAGAGAGGAAACUUCUUCAGUUUCCACAAAAAAGAAGGUGAUAACGAGUUCAUGAACAUCAUCGCCAAUGAACUGGCCACUGAGGAAACUCUGGUCUUCCUCACCGUGGGUGAAGAUAAAGGACCAGGUCUGUUUUUAUUGGCUGGACCUGUCGGACUGGUGCCUGAGAUGGGCCCAAGGGUUCUGGAGAUGCUCCAGGGAAAAGGAGCCGGAAAGAACGGACGUUUCCAGGGCAAAGUCAACAGUCUGGCUCGGAGACCAGAGGUGGAGACGUUUCUGCAGCAGCACUGCAAACAUCACACAUCUGAGGAGGAAUAAAACCUGCAGCUCCACAAGCACACUGAAGUGAAGAUAAUCAUGUGGGGAAGUUGGACUUUGGUAAAAAUCUGUGCUGUAAAUAUUUAAAUAUUAAAUGUCCAUAAAUCUUUUCUAUGAUCAUGCACUACCAGUCUGUCUCAUGGACAGUUAGAAAAAUGACUAAAAAUCACAGACAUCGACAUGUGUCACCUAAAUUCAUAGAAUAAAAUACUGCAGUUUUAAGGCCUGCUGUAAAUUGACUUUUCAAUAUUGUGUAAAGUCUUCCUCGAUAACCACGUCCACCGUUGUUCACUACAUCAUAUUCACAUUACCAUACACACUGCAUUAAUCUCAGUCUAAAAGUUACCCAGAAAACAUUGCGGUAACUGAAACAGCUAAAAAAAAGCUUAGCAAAAAAGAAUAAGGAAAUUAUAAGGUAAUCAAAGAGUCCAUUAGAAAGUCAACCAAAACAGUUCAAAGAAUCGCAAGGAGUUGAACCCCUGACCUAUAGGUUAAAGGACGUCCCACUGCACUUAGUACCUAAACACAAGUGUAUUUUUCCCCAAUGAGGAUAAGGAUCCAACCCCUGGUAAACACAUGGUUUAAUUUGUUCUCUGACAUAAAAAGACUCAGGUGUUGAUCGAAGAGCUGGUUGAAAAACAGUGAAAAGUGUAAAUACAUCAGAUUAAACAGUCCUAUAAUAAAGUGUCCGACACUUGCUUUGCAUACAUAU